UUUACAGUCGUGGUUAUAAGGGUUUUAGUGGGAGGCAUUAGCUAGCGUCCAAUCCGGUAUCAUUGGGUCGUUCAUAUCCCCUCAUUGAAGUUUACAUUUAAAAUGGUUUGGUAGGAGUUAGUCUAACGUUGCAAUACCUCAAAUCACGUCUAUGGAAGCCUGGAUCUCGACGAUGCUAGAGAGAGAGAGAGAGAGAGACCAUGGAUGAUGAUAAUCACAGAUUAUUUCAAAGAGUUGCAGAGAAACUGGGCUGGUCAGAGAAGGGAGGAUUGGAAACAGCAGAAAAACAGCUGAUUAAGAGCGUCGGUAAGACUCGGCGUCUGGCCACAGGUUGUCAUGGCUCCAGGGGUGCUCAAAACCUUCCUCCCCCAGUCCAGAUACAUCUGCUCGACACUGAGGAAGAGGAUGACAGAGGCUCAGGGAAAGAGAACCAGGUCUCCAAGGGCAACAGUUACAGGACCAAGGUGUUCAUGGAGUCCAGUGACGAUGAUUUUGACCAGUUUCUUGUGGAGCAGGCUACACCCAAAACUGCUUCUCGGAAACAUUGCAGUUCUGCUAAGAAAGUCAGUGAACCAGUCCUUGUAUUAAGCUCAGACAGUGAUGACCACUUUGAAAACUUCCUGAGCCGUGUGAGAACUCCCAAGCCGAAGCCCAAGGAAGCGGAGCGUGGCAGUGGAGACCGGUACAGUGGAGACCGGUACAGUGGAGACAGGUACAGUGGAGACAGCCUCAGAAACUUCAUUGUCGACAGCUUUUCCUCCGAUGAUGACUUUGUCGUUGAGAGGAAGAAAAAACCUACCUCUAAAGGUGCCUUUAAGACCCCUAAGCCGUCAUCCUUCCAGACCCCGGUCAGAAGACCCUUGUCCCAGUGUAACACUCCAGUUUUCCUCAGCGACAGUGAAGAAGACGAUGGUAUUGUGAUGAAGAGCACGUGGAGGACAUGCCACCCUGUGCACCAGCUGCCGCCACAGACGCACAAAGUCAACGUCCUACAAAGUAACCAGAAGGACAACAUCUUCUUUCCCUCUCCUUGCCCUCGUCCUCUGCCUUCCCUCUCUCCCUCCCCUCGUCCUCUGCCUUCCCUCUCUCCCUCCCCUCGUCCUCUGCCUUCCCUCUCUCCCUCCCCUCCUCCUCUCCGCUCCUCCUUCACCCCCUCCCUGACCCCCCUUCCACAGCGGACCCACUCAGCCCCGUCGAAGCUGGAGGACUCAGCCAGCUCAGAGGAAGAGUUCCUCAGCUUACUGGACAGAAUUAAGAAGAACCACAAGACCGGCAACACCCCAACACCUAAACACAACACGGGGACCAAUCAGAAGCCCCCCCUGUCAGCUCCACGGCAAAAAGCCUCGAAAGAGGUGUGCCCUCGGCUGUUAGUGAGAACGCCCUUGGAUCUGAAGACCCCGGUGCGGCCGCUCGUCUCCAAACCCGCUGUGUCCCAGCCGGAAUCCAGACUCAAGACCAGCGUCCUUUCUUCCUCCAGUGUAUCAGCAGGGUGUAUGACUCCUGGGUGUUUUCUCCAGUCUCUGUCUGGACCAGGCUCCAAUUACAGCCGCAACUUCAAACAGACCAAGGAGGAGCUCACCAGCAAACUGUAUCGCCUGUACAACACCAGCGUGUUCGACAGCAAGCUGCCCAGUAACAUGUCAGUGAGCUGGAAUAACAAGAUGAGAAAGACUGCUGGCUACUGCGUCACAGGGCAGGAGAGAGGAGGAGGGAACCGAUACGCCCGUAUCCAACUCUCGGAGAAAGUCUGUGACUCUGCAGACCGUCUGCGUGACACGUUAGUCCAUGAGAUGUGCCACGCUGCCACCUGGUUGAUCAACAGUGUGAGGGAUGGACACGGCCCCUUCUGGAAGCUGUACGCCCGCAAGGCCACGCUGGCACACCCCGAGCUGCCCGUGGUCACCCGCUGCCACAGCUACGACAUUAACUACAAGUACCAGUACCAGUGCAGCCGCUGCAAAAACACACUCGGUCGUCACUCUAAGUCCCUGGACACCCAGAGGUUUGUGUGUGCCCUCUGUACGGGUCAGCUGGUCCUGCUCACCCCAGCCAAGCCCCGGGCGCCCACGCCCUUCGCCAACUUUGUCAAGGAGAACUAUGGCAGUGUUCGCCAAAACCUGGUGGGUCAGAGCCACGGUGAGGUAAUGAGGAAACUCAGUGUUGACUUCGCCACCAAGACUAAACUCGGCCAGAACUGAGGGAGAGAGAGCGUGUGAAAGAGAUGAGGUGGAAUCAUUCUAACCUGGAUUAGACCUACAUUACUCUCGUCUCCUGGACUAUAAAAGCACUCUUGAUAAAGCACUCUUGUUCAGUAGUAUCUGUAAAACCCUGUCUGAACAUCUUCGUUCCUUGAAGAUUUCCACUGCUCUGAAGCAAUGGUGGGAUCCUUCUCUUUCAUCCAUCCUAAUGUCUUAGAUUAGUGGGAUCCUUCUCUUUCAUCCAUCCUAAUGUCUUAGAUUAGUGGGAUCCUUCUCUUUCAUCCAUCCUAAUGUGUUAAAGUAGUGGGAUCUUCAAGUUGAUAGGUCUGUCUUAAAUACCUCUGUGUAUGUAUCAGGUUUUCAGAGGCAGCUAUGAUGAGUCUGUCAUUCCUCAGUAGCUGGCGUCUCACCGUUACAGUGAAAUGAGCCAAGAGACCCACUGGACAGUGAUUUAAAGGCAUCGUGAAUCAGUCAUAUUGUUGAGCCUGCCUGUGACAUGGAUUCAUACCCUUCAAAUAUCAUUUUGUGACCAACUGCUUUGAAUUACUUGAAAAAUGAAUCAGGAAAUAGUUCCAUGAAGUUUCAUACGGUGCAUAGAAGGCAGAUCUGGCAACUUCACAUACGGUGCAUAGCAGGCAGAUCUGGCAACUUCACAUACGGUGCAUAGCAGGCAGAUCUGGCAACUUCACAUACGGUGCAUAGAAGGCAGAUCUGGCAACUUCACAUACGAUGCAUAGAAGGCAGAUCUGGCAACUUCACAUACGAUGCAUAGAAGGCAGAUCUGGCAACUUCACAUACGAUGCAUAGAAGGCAGAUCUGGCAACUUCACAUACGAUGCAUAGAAGGCAGAUCUGGCAACUUCACAUACGAUGCAUAGAAGGCAGAUCUGGCAACUUCACAUACGGUGCAUAGAAGGCAGAUCUGGCAACUUCACAUACGAUUUAUGUUACAUUUUGAACGUUUGUCUUGUUUUUUCUUCAUGUUUUGUUUUUGAAUAAAGAUUUAAUGUUUUACACGUCGGUGUCAACUACAGUGUGAAGAUUAGUGAUGUUAGUUUACCAGUGUGAAGAUUAGUGAUGUUAGUUUACCAGUGAAGAUUAGUGAUGUUAGUUUACCAGUGUGAAGAUUAGUGAUGUUAGUUUACCAGUGUGAAGAUUAGUGAUGUUAGUUUACCAGUGUGAAGAUUAGUGAUGUUAGUUUACCAGUGAAGAUUAGUGAUGUUAGUUUACCAGUGUGAAGAUUAGUGAUGUUAGUUUACCAGUGUGAAGAUUAGUGAUGUUAGUUUACCAGUGUGAAAAUUAGUGAUGUUAGUUAACCAGUGUGAAGAUUAGUGAUGUUAGUUAACCAGUGUGAAGAUUAGUGAUGUUAGUUUACCAGUGUGAAGAUUAGUGAUGUUAGUUUACCAGUGUGAAGAUUAGUGAUGUUAGUUUACCAGUGAAGAUUAGUGAUGUUAGUUUACCAGUGUGAAGAUUAGUGAUGUUAGUUUACCAGUGUGAAGAUUAGUGAUGUUAGUUUACCAGUGUGAAGAUUAGUGAUGUUAGUUUACCAGUGUGAAGAUUAGUGAUGUUAGUUUACCAGUGUGAAGAUUAGUGAUGUUAGUUAACCAGUGUGAAGAUUAGUGAUGUUAGUUUACCAGUGUGAAGAUUAGUGAUGUUAGUUUACCAGUGUGAAGAUUAGUGAUGUUAGUUUACCAGUGUGAAGAUUAGUGAUGUUAGUUUACCAGUGAAGAUUAGUGAUGUUAGUUUACCAGUGUGAAGAUUAGUGAUGUUAGUUUACCAGUGACUCAUCAGUUAUGUGAGGAAUGUUAUUCUUCUCCUGUUCAUUAAAGCCAUUCUGUUU